AUGAUCGUGGGCAGGGACCGCGUCUUCCUGAGCUGGCUGAUCCCGGUGGCGGUCUUCUGUGUGGUGUCUGGAACAGCGUCAUCAGCCCUGCUGACCAACUACCCCGGGGUGGUCUAUGCGAUUUUCACCUUGGUGGCUCUGGGCUAUGUGCUGACCCUCCACAUUGUCUCCUUGAUGCUACGGAGGUACUUGACCGGCAGAACGAAAGUGUUCCCGUUCUGGUACGUGUUUCUGGCGAGUGCCCUGACAGCAGCUGUGAUCUCGUCGAUGUGGUUCUCUCACGUGACGAAUUACACGAAGAAUCAGAUCGCGUCGGACACGCUGAAACGCCUGGCCACGGCGAGCAACGUGGACCCUGCAAUAGACUCCAGCUCAAGAUAUCUUGACAUUGGCAGAAUACUAUUUGCCCCCGGCACUACCUUAGACCUGCAGAAGUUCAUAGGCUUCAAGAACAAAGACAUCUACUGUGUGGCACCCAUCGUCAACCCGAAUGCGUCCAAGGUGGACAGCUACGAUUACUGGGCUGUGGGGCUGAACUGCUGCGACGCCAACGGCUUCCGCUGUGGGGAGUACACCAAGCCCACUGCGCGAAGUGGUGUGCGACUUCUGAAUGAGGAGCAACGCCAGUUCUACGUCCUGGCCCUUCGCGAGGCGGAGGCAACCUUUGGCAUCAAGUCCACUUUGCCGCUCUUCUUCUUCUGGGUGGAGGACUCGGAAGCGCUGCAGAAGUCCUGGCAGGAGCACGCGGCAUUGCACAAUUUGCCUGGCAGCCUCGACACCGCCGUGGCCCCGGAAGUGCCAGAGCACAGGCACGUCGCAAGGAUCCAGGCCUUGAAGAUGGAUCAGCUUGGCUCUGGGAGCUACAGAGUACUGAGCGCCAUGCCGCUGGUACAUUUGCAGAAGGACGAGGCAGGCAUCUUCACAUUUGUCUCAGCCUGGCAGGACACGGCAGAGACUUGCAAAUCCAAGAGCGGCAGGCCGAAGGGCCCACAGAAAGUGCGAUUCUUCGAGCUGGACCCGGAGAAGGACCCGGAGGUUGGAGACUUCUUGGUCAAAGCUUCGGAGGUAGAAACCAGCUCUGCCAGUCCCACUGGAGAGGCCACGUUUCAGCGGCAAGGUGGGCCACGCACCUGCAUUCGGGCGCCAAAGCCGUGGGAAGUGGUGUCAUUCGCUGGCCAAGACUAUGCCGUUCUGCCGCCCAAGCGACCCGAUGAGCAGGACCGCGAGCGCCUCAAGAACUGCACAGUGGCAGUUCCUGAGGGUUGGGAGCUUCUCUCCACCAGCGCCCAAAAUUUCAGCUCCGUUGUGGAAGAGCUGACAAAGCACAAAUGGGGCAGCCCGCUGCUUGCUGUGCAAUGCCAAAGUCAGCCGCGGCUAUUUGCCACUUAUCGGACACUUCUAUCGACCAGCGGAAAUCCGGGAUCCAGGCCUGAAGAGGGACGAGAGGCUCGGACGCGGGAGAGGGCACGGCGUCUGGGCUGGCUUGCCAGAGUCCGAUGCCACUCAGUCAGCUUGUCUUGGGCCGUCUUCCAGUUCUGGGCUCGAGGCGCUGCGGUGCGGCGAUUGAAUGCAGCUCGGCAAGAAGCCGCGCAGUGGAAGCAGAGACUGCAGGCUGCUGAACGCCAGGCAAAGGCAGAGGUGCGCUCGCUGAUGGCGCUUCGGUGCUUGCUAGCUUGGCGCUGGCUGCUUGGACAGGAUGAGCAGCCUCUUCUGGAAGCUCACCUCGAGAGCAACGAGAGGUGCCUGCGAGUUUUAGAGGGAUGGGCUGCGGGCCUGCAGUCUUCAGUGCUUCGAGUGUGCUAUCGCGCCUGGGCUCGCUUGCAAAUGCGUCCAGCAGCACAGGCUGUUGAGCUGACUGCCUCUGGACAUAGAAAAGCAGGCCUUUUCUUCGCCUUGCGGCUGUGGGUUCAAAGGCACCGCUGGCAACGGCGAUGUCGCGGUCUCCUGGAGCGCGUUGAGGCUGCCUUCUGUAGCCAGAGCCAGAUGCUGCUGCGGGGCCUUGUGGGUGCCUGGCGCAGCGCAGCACUCUUCAUGGGGAGCCAGCGGGCCAGCUGCUUGCAGCAGCAUCGGCAAGCUCGGCGCACGAGCCGACAAGUGCUGGCCAUGCUGCUGAGGACCCGAGGCCAAUCACUGAAGAAGCUAUGCAUCUUUGGCUGGCGAACGAUGAUGCAUCUUGGAGAGGUGGUUCCGCAGAGGCAGCGGUUCUUGGACUCUGCCAUGUGUAAACUUCAGCACCGCGCUUGCGCUGCUGUCUUCAGUAUCUGGGGCAAAGAGGUGGAGUUGCAGCGCAGGGCCCGGGCGAAAGACCGCCGAGCCUUGCUGACCGCCGCGUUCAGUCUUUGGAAAGAGCAAGGUGCCAAGGAGCUAAAGGAGGAUUUUAACGAGCUUUGGCUGAAGGCCAUGCUGCAGCACUUUGCCGCAAGGCCUGCUCUGGGAACGCGGACAUGCUGA